GAGUUGUAUAUAUAGCGGAGCAGCUGUCACGAGUACUAUCGGCUACAAAGUAAGUCUUAGAAUUUCGUUCUCACUCCCGCUGUAAAUUAAUAGCUGUACCGCUUAACUGAAGUGUCGCGUUGGGGUUAUAUUUACCUGAUGCGCGCUCGUCACUUUUGCCCUAGGCAGUCGGUGCAAAUUGCCGUGCUGGACUAGAAGUUCAUUCAUUAAGGUCAAGUAAUAAGUAUUUCUAAAUUACACGAGUAUUCGCACCAUGGACUCUAGUAAAACAGCUAUAAAAUAAAAAUGUUAAUAUAUCCUCGUCUAUAUCUAUACAUACUUGCGCGCGUAUACCUGCGAUCCCACUUUGAAAUUCGCGCACUCUUUCUCCAAGAUGGCGCAUCUCGGAAAUACCCUGUAUAUAAACGAUUGCGCUUCGAGCGAGCUUCAAGUAGACAAGACAAGGACGCUAUACGUGAAAGUACCCAGAUCAAGCCGCUAUCGCACGUGUAGCACACGCGUUUCAGGAAAUCCGAUGAGCCAAUGAGGCUUCGUUUUUGCAACGUACACAAAACGAAAGCAAGCUUCUAUUCGCAGAAACGGUUUUUGGCGAUGCCGAUGCCUCAGAAGCAUGCUUCUGCUGCGAACAAGUUUCAACAAGCCGUAAACUGCGAAUGCGACCUACGACUGAAUGAAUGUAUAGUAGAAAAGGCGGUAAACAAAGAUAAGGUGUGUCGUAGCAGCACGUAGCGAGUCGAGUCGGGGAUGUACAGCACUCACGGAUAGUAGGAAAUCAAGGGAUCCCCGAAGUUGGCUUAUAUACAAGUGAUUUCAACAACGUUUUUGCAAAGUAUACUCACACAGUUACUUUCUUGAAGUCUAGUUGAAAAUAAAAUCUGUAAAGUACACAAGCGCCUCACUGACUUCGUUUUUUCUUGGAGCAAGUAAGGCAUUGUAACAAGGUUGUGUUUUCUCAAAAUGUUAUAGGGAAAUAAAAAAUAAGUGUGCAUUACUGUGCAGAUAUUACUGUGCUGUACUUCUAAUCUGGCUGAAUGGAGGCAGCUGUAGAAGUACCACCAAAGAAGCCAAGGUUAAAACAAAAUCUUCAAUUGUCAGAAUGCAUUCGCCAAUUCGAGUUGCCUCAGCAAUACCCCAGUACAAUAACAGAACGAUUAGCAAAACCUGGCUCGCAAAAAAGUACUGCAACAAUUCAAACAAAAAGCAUGCAGAACAUUAUCUCUGCUCUGCCCUUUCCUGGAAAGAUGAAAUUCAUUCCAAACAAAGAAGUAUUGAUUUCAGACAGUUUGCAAAAACUGAAAUUCAAGUUACCAGAUGGAAGAGACGUAGGUGAGGUGAAAAUUGUCUUGCCUGGCCAAGACGAAAAGUCUCAAACAAAAGUUAUCACAAUGUCCAAAAUUGGUAAAACCAACGAGAAGCCCAUAACUUGGACUAUAAAGUCGCCUGGAGAUAGCCACAAACCUAGGAUAAAAACUAUCACAAAAUUAUCCAACGGGUUACCCAUUCCUGAUGACAGCCUAACACAGUCUGAUGACACGUCUCUUUCAAAAAUGAAAGUUCAGUUUCUAAAUGGUAAUAAUAAUAGUAGUGCAACAAAUGGAAUUAAAAAUGUUGCAAUGGUGUCCAAUUUAAAAAGAUUAUCGAAAACAGAUGCUAAUGAUUCUAAUAAGCAAAAUAUCAUAGUGCACAAUACUGAUGGUGGAAUUUUAAAAAAAUUAGUAAUUGAAAAUCCAAGCAUGUUGAUGGAUAAACAGAAUAGCCAAACACAAGUGUUUUUAAAAAAAUUGCCCGGGUCACAAAAAAUGGUGAUGCUACAGAGAGAUGGCAAUCAACUAAUGAAUAAGCCUUUGUCGCUUAAACCAAUAACACAGAGUAAUUUGCAAAGUCAUAAUAUUAAAAACAAUGCAGAAAAAAUAAUAUUCAAAAGCGCAAUAAAUGGUUCAAUAAUUCGUAAGAAGGAACCAGCUCCUACAGAAAGUACAAACCACCAUGAAAAGAAGAGAUCGCAUUCUGAAAUCAAUUUAGAUGAUUGUAAUUUUAACGGAAAUAGUAGUAUGCAGUCUAUCAAUGACGAUCAAAGAAGAAAACAGUUGAAAUUAAAUAAUUCAACCAAAUCAACUGGAGCCAUUGGACCUAGAAAGAAUAUUAUGGUUAUUGUUCCUAAUGAAGAAGCUGAAAAAUUAUCAAGGCCAUCUAGUUCUGCUGAGAUGAAUAAUCUAGAUUUUUUACAAGAUGAUGAUAUAAUAAAUCUUAAUGAAGAGGCAACAUCAGAAGAUACAAUAUCAAAUAUAAAAAAUAGCGAAUUGUCAGAUAUUCGUAUUGAUGAAGUGCAUUCUAUUGAAAAUGAAGCACUGGAAGUAAAGAAAAACCAACCAAGUAGUGUAAAUAAUGACAAAAAUGCAAAAUCACAAGACAGGAUUAAUCAACUUAAUAUUUUAAAACAAGCUGUACUUAGUGUCCAAGAUGCUGAUCUGCGAGCAAAAGCUCUAAAAGCUUUAAAAGACUGUGGUAUCAAAGUAAAAAAAACUGUGCCUGCAAAACGUCCUAUGAAAAUGAUAAGUGAAUCUACGACGCAAACUGAAGUUUUUUCUCUUUUAAAGAAUGAUGAGUUUCUUCAAAUUAAUAAUGAAUCUGAAGAUAUAGUUAAAAUAAAACACAGUCACAAAAUGAUGAAACAAUCAAUUAAUACAUUAUCUUCUAGAAAGACAAAUCAUAAUGUUUGUCCAGAGUCAGAACAGAAAGAAUUUAAAAUGAAUCUGGAUAAGUCAUUAGAAAAACUAUUUCCGGCUUGCAAGGGUAUAACAGAUGUCAAGGAUGCUUUUGAACAAAAUAAAAAAGCUUAUGCUAGAGCAGUGUUAAAGCAACUCGAAAAGGACUAUAAAGCAGCUAGAAAGCACGAUGAUGAUGGGUUAUUAGGUAUCCAUAAAGCUGUUUUAAAUAACAGCAUACAAGAAGUUCAAAGGCAUAUGUUAAUGUUAAAAGCAGCAAAGCAACAUAUUGAUGUUCCUACACUAGACAAUAAGACAAGCUUAGAAUUGGCAGUUGAAUUUGAAAUGGAUUCACAAAUUGUAAAAAUACUGCUUGAUGCUGGAGCACAGCCAGUAUCAUUUAAGCCCAUUCAUGAUUCAGCAGUUAUUAUAGCAGCUAAAACAUCUUCUAAAAUCUUACAUUUACUUCUUAAGUAUAUAACACGGAGCAAUCGUUCACUAUUGAAUCGUAGAAAUUCUGAAGGCCUAGCAGUUAUUCACUACUUGGCACAAAAUGGAAAUUUAGAAGGUAUAACGGAGCUCCUGAAGCAUGGCGUGGAUGUCAAUUUGCAAGAUAGUAGAUCUGGUCGAACAGCUUUGUUUUAUGCAGUUGAAACCAAAAAUAGUGAUAUUCCUCAAGAGGUGUUUAACGAUAUAGCUCAUAAGCUUUUAGAACACGAAGCUGUUUCUAAUAUUCCAACUUUUUCUAAACACAGUGUACUGUCUAUGAUUGAUGAUGUAAAAAGCCAUGCUCUUAAAAUUGCUUUAAACAAGGCAGUGAAGUAGUAAUCAAUUAAAUAGAAGUGUUAGGAACUAAUAGCUUUUUCACACACGUAAUUGUAAAUAUUUAGUACAUGUAAAAAUAUGUGGCACUUUGAGUUUUGGGUUCUUCAAACAUUAUUACUCGUUUCUGAUGGUACCAAUUUUUCUAUUUGAUUUUGCUGAAUAUAUAUAUGCUUCAUACCGUAUUUUACGAUAUUGUUACAGCAAAAAGUUGUUAAAAUUUUUAUAACAUUAUACAGCAAUUUUCGACUCAUGAUCAAUAUAGCUUUUUGCAAAAUAAAUAAGAGUACAACAGCGUGGCAUUAGGUUAAGGAAUUGUAGGUAAAAUAGACUGAAAAUUCUGAAUUCAACUUAAUCGUAAUAAGUAAAGUUCUACUAAUUUAUCUUUCUGUAACAUAUACAUUGUUAAAUGUUUAAGAAUUCUUUAUUAUGUUUUGAUAUAAUUAAUACCAAUACAUUUUAAUUUCAAAAGUGAAAAAAAUGAUAUUUAAUUAGUCGAAAAAUUUUCUUAACAUACAAGAAGGCAUAAAAUGGUAAUCAAUGUAAACCAAGUCAGUAUCCGUUUUAUUCAAUUAUUAUUUUAAAUUAUCUGCGACUAAUAUUAGGAUAACUCUAACAAAAUAAACCAAUUAAGUUUUGUAGUAAAUAUUUUUUACAUUAAUUUUACACUCCCUGUUUACAAAUCUUGAAAGAAUCUAGUUGUUUUUUAACUUGAUUUAUAUUAGUCAGAAUCGUGUUAUCAGAAUUAUGUUAUCAAUCAAUGGAUAAAUAGUACAACUAUUGUAAUUAUCAUCAAAGGUGAACAAGAUUUUUGUACAUAUUUUGUAUUAUAGAUCAAAGCGAUUGUAUCAAAUAUAUCAUACAAAAACAAAUAAAUACAUAAAAUUUGUAUUAAAAUAAUUAACAUUUUCAUUG